GCUGUGUGCAGAGCUGGCCUCUCUGCUGCAGGAGGCCGAGGAAAUGAAGUGGCCUUUGUGCCGGAGAAGUGGCAGUACAAGGACUCGGUGAGCAAUGAUGACAAGACCAACCUGAGCGAGCUCAUCAGCAAGCACCUACCGCAGCUGCUGGCUUUCCUGAUGGCGUCCAUCAAGGCUCAGGAGGCAGGCUCGGCGUUAGCGGUGGUCUUCUUAGUGGAUCGCUUCCUCUACUGGCGUGACGAGUCGAGCCGGCUGCUGAAGGUUACCAAGCUGCUGCACAGACGCCACCCUGACGAACCCAUCGCCCCACAGCUGGUCAUACGGCAGGCCAGGGUCUAUGUAAACUCUGGCAAACUGCAGAAGGCAGAGUACAUCCUGAGCAGCCUGAUUAACAACAGUGGUGCAACAGGUUGUUGGGAGUACCGCUCUGAAAGCGACGAGGCCCUGGUGCAGGCUGUUAGCCUUCAAGUGCGUGGAAUGAUAUUGCAAAAACUAGGCCUGUGGCUCGAGGCCGCAGAGUUAAUCUGGGCUUCUCUGGUUGGUUACUACUCACUUCCUCAGCCUGAUAAAAAGGGCAUCGGAACAUCUCUUGGUUUACUGGCCAACAUUUUGGUGUCUAUGAAUGAUGAGGACUUCCGUGCUUUUAGGACUAACAAAGAUGCUAAUUUUUCUUUACUUGGGGAUGGGAGUCAUCGUCUCCUUUCAGCUGCGGCAGCAAAGAUGGCCGUAGUGUACAGUCAGUACACUUCACUCUAUGUAUUGACAAAUGCUUUUCUCGGUGGAAUGCCCUGCCUCUCAAAGACAGUCGUUCCUCCUGCAGGCUAA